CUUUUGGAAAUGCUAAAACUGUGAGGAAUGACAACUCCUCUAGAUUUGGAAAAUACAUGGAUAUUGAGUUUGAUUUCAAGGGUGACCCACUUGGAGGAGUUAUAAGCAACUAUCUGCUAGAGAAGUCUCGUGUUGUUAAGCAGCCAAGAGGUGAAAGAAACUUUCACAUUUUCUAUCAGAUACUGUCUGGUGCAUCAGAAGACUUCCUCUGCAAACUCAAACUGGAGCGGGACUUCAGCAGAUACAACUACCUGGGCCUUGAUUCUGCCAAAGUGAAUGGAGUGGAUGAUGCUGCAAACUUCAGGACAGUUAGGAAUGCAAUGCAGAUUGUUGGUUUUAUGGAUCAUGAAACACAGUCUGUUUUUGAAGUGGUGGCAGCCGUUCUAAAAUUGGGAAAUAUUGAAUUUAAGCCUGAAUCUCGCGUGAAUGGCCUAGAUGAAAGUAAAAUCAAAGAUAAAAAUGAACUCAAGGAAAUCUGCGAGUUAACGGGUAUAGACCAGUCCGUACUAGAAAGAGCUUUCAGCUUCCGGACGGUUGAAGCCAAGCAAGAGAAAGUUUCAACAACACUAAAUGUGGCUCAGGCUUAUUACGCCCGUGAUGCUCUGGCUAAGAAUUUAUACAGUCGACUGUUCUCUUGGCUUGUUACCAGAAUCAAUGAGAGCAUUAAGGCACAAACAAAAGUGAGAAAGAAGGUAAUGGGGGUGCUGGACAUCUAUGGCUUUGAAAUUUUUGAGGACAACAGCUUUGAGCAAUUCAUUAUCAACUACUGUAAUGAGAAGUUGCAGCAGAUCUUCAUUGAACUUACCCUCAAAGAAGAGCAGGAGGAAUACAUCCGAGAGGGGAUUGAAUGGACUCAUAUUGAGUAUUUCAACAAUGCUAUAAUUUGUGACCUAAUAGAAAAUAACCAAACUGGAAUCCUGGCCAUGCUAGACGAAGAAUGCCUGAGACCAGGAACUGUUACCGAUGACACCUUUUUAGAAAAACUGAACCAAGUCUGUGCCACUCACCAGCAUUUUGAGAGCAGGAUGAGCAAGUGCUCCCGGUUCCUCAACGACACCUCCUUGCCUCACAGCUGCUUCAGGAUUCAGCAUUACGCUGGCAAGGUUAUGUACCAGGUGGAAGGCUUUGUUGACAAAAAUAAUGAUCUUCUGUACCGUGACCUCUCCCAGGCCAUGUGGAAGGCCAGUCACUCUCUUAUCAAAGCGUUGUUCCCAGAAGGUAACCCCGCUAAGAUCAAUCUAAAGAGACCACCGACGGCAGGUUCACAGUUCAAGGCUUCGGUUGCUACCCUGAUGAAAAAUCUUCAGACAAAAAAUCCAAACUACAUUAGGUGCAUCAAACCCAAUGACAAAAAGGCUGCACACAUUUUCAAUGACGCCCUGGUGUGCCACCAGAUCCGCUACCUGGGACUUCUGGAGAAUGUCCGGGUCAGAAGGGCAGGUUAUGCAUUCAGGCAGGCAUAUGAGCCUUGCCUGGAAAGGUACAAAAUGCUGUGUAAGCAGACAUGGCCCCACUGGAGAGGGCCAGCCAGGGCUGGAGUGGAGGUACUGUUUAAUGAAUUGGAAAUCCCUGAAGAAGAAUUUUCAUUUGGUAGAUCAAAGAUAUUCAUCCGCAACCCAAGAACACUCUUCAAACUAGAAGAUCUGAGAAAGCAGCGGUUGGAGGACUUGGCUACUCUCAUUGAGAAGAUUUAUAGAGGUUGGAAGUGCCGCACACGCUUCUUGUUAAUGAAGAAAAGCCAGAUUGUGAUUGCUUCCUGGUACAGGAGAUAUGCACAACAAAAAAAGUAUCAGAAGAUAAAGAGUUCGGCUAUUAUAGUACAGUCUUACAUCAGAGGAUGGAAG